UUCUGGCUUCCGACGAUUUGUUCUUUUAUUUUUCGUUCUACUAAUUGGACUAUUUCCUCUUCAUUCGUUCAUUUUAAAGUGCUGCGUUGCCAAGCCAAUAAAAAGAAAAAAAAUGCUCUUUUUCUUCUUAAUCUUUCAUUCGCUUUUUGCCUUUAGGACAUUUCCUGCUCCGGUCUUGGCGCUUCAAUUUUUAUAACGAAAUAGGGAAGAAAAAUUUUGGGGUGCGUCCCCUAUUUACAUGUAUCGACAAAGUGAACAUGUUGGUAGAUAAACAAGAUAAUUUGAACAGAGUACCAUCUUUAUAUUGCCGCAAGCAAGCACCAGAUCUCCCGACGUGGAUAAUGUAUGAUAAACACAUAUUACGCUUUAAAGCAUUUUUUCAACAAAGUCUUCAUGAAAUGCGAUCUGCCGCUCACAUAUUACGCAAGGUGGAUAUUUAUUUCUUUCUUGAAGAUGGUACAAUAAAAGUAAUGGAACCAAGAACUGAAAAUAGUGGCUUAUCUCAAGGGAUACUCAUAAGUCGCCAAAGAAUACGUCUACCAUUCAGUUACGACUUGUAUUACGAUGUGCUCGAUAUAAAUAUUGGACGUGAAGUUACGUUUUUUGGUAAAGUAUUCAAGAUCGUGAACUGUGACAACUUCACCAGGGUAUUCUUAAAUCGCCUUGGGAUUAACGUGCCUGAUCCGAUUCCCUGGCCGGAUGCUAUAGAGAGGAUACAUGACUCUGGUCGUCCGCCAAAGCAUAGACCCUUUAGACAGUUUUUGGAUUUUGACAGACAAGUCCUGAGAUUUUAUGGAUAUUGGGACGAUAGAGAAUCGGAGUUUGGGGUAAUGCACAAUCUUGAGAUUCACUACUUUUUAGCAGAUGACACAAUAGAAAUAAAAGAAGUGUUUCCACCAAAUUCUGGUACAGAAGCUGGUCCAAUGUUUCUCAAAAGAAUGCGACUACCCAGAAAAAUUCCCGCACAUGUUCAAAUGACGGGUGGUCCAAAAUCACCUUCGUAUACACCUGGAGAUUUAAGUAUUGGAGCAGUGCUGAAUGUCUUUGGCCGCAACGUCGUUCUAACGGACUGUGAUCCUUAUACUAAGGAAUAUUAUCGGAUUACGUAUGGUUUUGAUGCAUUUACACCUUUGCCUGCACCAAGUAAUGUGGGUACUGAAUGUAUUGGUGCUAAUAUGGCCGAGCGCCAAUUACCACCAUGGAAUGGGUAUGGGUCAUAUGAUGAUUCGGCAGAAAAUUGUCGCACUGUAGAGCCGAAGGCUCCUCAUAAGGAUUUUAUGAAGUUUCUUCACAAAGACAGGGUGGGAUUUGAUUCUCAUACGCUAAGAUUUGCGGCUCGCCUUAUCAAUGAUAACCCUGAAGAUGCACGAAGAUAUUUUAUUAUUAAAUAUUUUCUUUGUGACGACACUAUUGGAGUUUUUGAACUUUGUGAACGUAAUUCUGGGUUUAAGGGAGGCAAAUUUUUCCGUCGUGAUAAAAUGUAUUUGCCCGACGUGGAAUUUUUCGUACCUAAAGAGCCGCCUGCUUACACCGAUCAUGAUAUGUGGGUUGGCAAUGAGUUGGUCAUCAAUAAACAUCGAUUUCGUCUGAUUGCUGCGGAUGAGUAUGCACUUCGAUACAUGGAGGUCAAUGAGUAUCCAAUGGCAAAUGUACCGCUGAUUAUGGAUAAGAUUCGUAGGACGUUGGCAUCACAAGAGAAUGGUUACAAAAAUUUUGUUGCGAAGUAUAUGGAAGCAGUGCUAGCAGGUCAAAAGGAACUUAUGCCUGUGAGAUGUUUCAAGCAAGCUCUGAACGAAAUUAUGUGUGAAAAGAUGACGGAACAUGAAUUCCUAACGAUAAUGCGGUAUUUUCGCGGUGAUCUUGGAAAAGAGCAGAGUCAUCGACGGGAAAUGGUCAGAUCUUUGGUGUUUACGGAUAUAACACGUGGAUUGUGGGACGAUCGCGAGCGCCUGCGUGAGGGUCUGAAGCACGCCGAUGAAGCAGGCACUGGUGUGUUGCCAGUGCACCGCUUGAGGCAACUGUUACGUGCUCAUCGCCUCCCGUUGCAUCUCGAUCUAAUGAACUGCAUGCUUCAAGUUCUACAAAAGGAUGAGAAUUGCAAUAUCUUAUGCGAUGAUUUGAUGUCAUUUCUCGAUUUUCAAACUCGCCCUAUAUUUAACUUGACUGAAGAUGAUUAUCAGAAAGUAGUUAGACAUGCUCCACCGGUUAAGGAUACGGAGUGCAAGUUGUGGGCGGAAGCGGAGACCUUUAUUCAUGAGGGUUACGUCAACUGGAACGCAUUCCUUUGUCAAUUGAACCUUGAGCAUCUUGUAAAGGAUCAAUCCUAGCUGAUCUAGAAUCUCAUUCACUUAAUUGUGUGAUACAGAAAUGUCUUAAUUAAUAAUGCCAAAAAUAUAAUCAAUGUGUUCACUUUUGAUGAUAUUAAUAUUUGAUAAUGAUUCUGAAACUUUUACAUGUGGAAUAAUAUACAAAGAAUUCAAUUUAUACUCGUAUAUUUUAUAGCAAUCACAAUAAAUACAAUUGGAAAUAUCCGUCAAUAGUCUCACUUUUAUAAUAAGCUAAAUAAAAUGUCAGAGGUACAAUACACGUUCACUGUUGCAAACACAUCUUCGCAACAUUGAAAAUGACCUGUGUUGUUAUAUUUUAUUUACUUUCACUUAGGGGUACACAACGUAUUGCGUGGUUGCAAUUUGUGUAGUAUGAAUAAUAUUAUUAUCUGACAAUAGGUUCGUUGUUAUAAGUAUAUAUGUUAUUCUAUUUUGUCACACGCGUUAUCUGUUAUUGCAUACUCUAAGCAGGCGUACCCGCAUUUUGUGUACUCCAGUUUUAAAGUGACAUAGAUCACAAUACUACAGUUACGACAUUUCAAUAAUAUCACAUUUCACUCGUACAUGCAACAAGAGCAUCGAAAUAUUACAAAAUAAAUAACUUAAAACUAUUCCAUACAUUCUAAAUGACUUCGUUCUAGUAGUUAAUCUGUAGGUAUUCGACAGUAUCAUAACUAAACAAUAUUUAUACAUUAUUCUGUCACAACUUUUAAAUUUGGAACUAGGCAUUGAGCAUUUUACGGUGUUCACAUAUAUAACUAACCAUAACAGCAUAACCAGCAGGCAAAUAUACUGUUGGCGUUUCGUCAAUCCAUCGUUCCAUGUAAUCAAUGGCGGAGCUGAUAUUAAAAAAAACUAAAUUAAACACAAAUGUCUUCUGAAAAAAUUAACAAAUCCAUUAAGAAGGAGCGUA